AUGCAAAGCGAGCUCCGGAGAGGCGCUGCCCGCGCCCUGGUGCCCAGCCUGGUGACCUCGGCCAAGAGUGGUGACUACUCGGCCGCUGUGUACGCUGCCAGACUCGCCAACGAGCUGGUCAACCUGGAGAAGACCAGGAACAAGGUCUACACUGACUUCAUCUACUCCGGUUUCUCAAGCUCGGAGGUGCCCCUGGGGCUGCCCUCUGACCUGCAGAAGUUGUCCCGCACCUCCCCGGCCACAGUGGACGCCUCUCCUGUGGGGGAGACCUCGACGACCUCGUCCUCAGGCAGCUCGCCAGACGCAGGUCUGGACUUCCUCCUCCCGGGUGCUCGAGGACGACCAGCUCGCCCCAUACAAGACCCCUUCACUAAGGCCUCAGGUGAACCUUCACCUCUCUAGCUUCCCAAACUUGUGUAUAUGAGAUAUAUAUAAUAUUUGUAUAUAAAAUUACAUAUUUAUU